AUGAAAUCAUCUCAUCUUUUUGCCUUUCCUUCUCCAACUGGUUAUCUUCUCUCUCAGUCGAAAUAUGUUGCAGAUAUUCUUGAGGGGGCUAGACUUACUGAUAAUAAGACUGUCGAUACUCCGAUUGAGGUUAAUGCAAAGUAUUCUUCUUCUGAUCGUUUACCUUUGUCAGAUCCUACUUUAUACCGUACUGUUGUUGGGAGUUUGGCAGCUAUUCUUCGUAUUUUGCGGUAUCUUCGAGGUACAGUCUUUCAGAGUCUUUUACUUCCAUCCACCUCUUCCUUGGAGUUGCGUGCAUACUCUGAUGCUGAUCAUGGCAGUGAUCCCACGGAUCGCAAGUCUAUUACUGGUUUCUGUAUCUUUUUGGGUGAUUCUCUUAUUUCUUGGAAGAGCAAGAAACAAUCCAUUGUUUCUCAAUCUUCAACGGAAGUAGAAUAUCGUGCUAUGGCAUCUACUACCAAAGAGAUUGUUUGGUUACAUUGGUUACUUGCAGAUAUGGGCGUUUUUUUCUCAUCCCACUCCUAUGUAUUGUGA